AGUUUUCUUUGAGCCCUUCGCUUAUCAUAUUAUUUUCGUAUUAUUGGAGUCAACAUGCCCAUUUCACAUUUACUUGGAGAAUCAAUUUACCAAGAGACAGCCCAUCAUAAUCAUUUCGAUGUGGAUGCUAUCUCUGAAAACAUUAAUGGCUUGACAAUUACGACCACUGCGGCUCCUCCUUCGCACAUUUUUAACAAUGGAGAAGACCACACUAAUGGAACCCAGAAAUAUGUUCUUAUCGACACGGACGCUGGAACGGAGGACGCUUGGGCAUUGUACAUGGCACUGGCUGCACAUCGGUCAAACAAUGGCUUCAAAAUUGUGGGAAUCACAACCGUGUAUGGAAACACUUCGGUUGAGCAUGUUGCAAAUAAUGUGACUCGUGUUCUGGACACCGUUCAUGAAAACAAUAUUCCCGUCUUUAGUGGCAUGGAUAGCUCGAUGGUGGGCAAGUAUAUCAAUAAUACACAGCGUUAUCAUGGUCAAGAUGGGUUUGGAGAUGCCAGUCUGCCCCCAAUACCAGCACGAGUGCAACCUCGUCAUUCGGUCGAAGCCAUCAUCAAAUUUGCAGAUGCUUAUCCGGGAAAAUUGACAAUUCUUUGCCUUGGACCACUCACCAAUUUGGCAAUGGCUGUAAAAUUUAGACCAGACUUGAAGAACUUGGUCAAGGAAAUAUUUAUUCUUGGGGGAAACAUGGAGGGCCUGGGGAAUGUUACGGUCAGCAGCGAGUUCAAUUUUUUCGUUGACCCAGAAGCUGCAACUGUGGUACUGAAUAAUUUUGGGCCCUAUUGCACAAUAAAUAUUCUUCCGUGGGAAACUUGUGUGAAAUUUGGAACUUUGUCUCAUGCCUGGAGAACGGGCAUUCUUGGUAACAUUCGCACAAAAGAGAUGAAUUUGCUAAACAAAAUUGAAGCCAAGAUUCUUACUACGUAUCAAGAAAAUUGGUUGGUGAGUGACGCCGUGUUAGCAGCAUGUCUCAUAAAUCAAAAUGUUAUCAAAAAAUCAGAUCCGUAUCACUGCACUGUAGAACUGAGCGGACAACAUACUCGAGGAAUGAUGAUUGUGGACAAGUGUUUCCUCCAACAAAAGCAAUCCAAUGCCAAUCUGAUUUUAGAGAUUGACCAAGUCCUCUACGAAGCAAUGCUCGUCUGGGCUGCAGGCGGACCCGUAUUUUCCAAAAAAUGAAUAAUAUCAUUCUUAAAGCAAUUGCUUUUUUCAGCACCAAUACAUUUAUUUGCUUUACUAACAUUAUUAUCACUCGGCCAGCAAACAAUUCUGAAACAUAUUAUAAUAUGUCACUAUUAUAUCAAGAUAUGAAAAAAGAAAUCCAGAUUCUUUAGUGAGAUAAAUACGGAAUGUUACUGAAAAUGGAACAUGAAUAAUAUUGGAAUGAAAUUUUCAAACUGCA